AUGAAGGACUCCCAAAUCCAAGUCAUCAUCGUCGUCCUCGCGACUGUGGUUCCUGUCACUGCAAUUACUGCAGUUGGAUGGUUUCUAUGGCGCCGUAGCCGCCAACGCCGCAGAUUUCUCUUCAUGAAAAGAGGCAUCACGCCUAUCAAUGACGAGGAAAUUGAAUCGUGGAAGAGGGAUAGGAGCCACGAGAAGACCCAGAUCAUCGAAGCCGCCAACCGGGAGGCCAGAGACCAGGAACAACAACAACAACAACAACAACAACAACAAGAACACGAGUAUCUGCAAAGACAAAAGAGCACCUCAUUCAGCUCCAUUCGCAAACCUCCAAGCGUUAUUGUCUACGAUCGUCCCCAUCCUCGAGUUUCCGAAGAACUCUCCCCUCGAUCAAUUCAUUACAAGCACAGUAUCGAUAUACCUUCGACGCCAGUCCUUGCCCGCGCCCCCAACUCACGCCCAGGUCUUACUGAUGAGGCUGUCCAAGGCGAAGAUGCUUUCAUCUCACCCAUGAAGCGUCAACCCUCGCGAUUGGCGAAACUCCCUCCUUCAUCUCGCCAUAGUCGAACUCGCAGCAGCCGCAGCAGUACUAUGAGCGCGGUUUCGCCCCAAGAUCCUUGGCAUGGUCACUAUCCCGAUGCGUUCAACGGCACUCGCAGCUCCAGCGAAUACCUGCCUCGGACACACCAAUCACUGGAUAUCAGACGACAGCAGCCACGAAUGCAUUUCAUGUCCAACACGAGUCGUCUUUCAUUUGACGAAGAGGUUUACCUGGGAGGCCUUUCACCACGACCGCUUGUUCGCCAAUCAGAGAUUGGCAGAGCUAUCGGUUGA